AGGUUAAUAAAAAAUCUUAUCACAUUAAUUACUACUUCAACUACAUAUACACGCUAUCAUAAAAUUUCUAAUGUCUGCAACAUUAUUGCAAUAUUACAGGAUGUUUCUGCUAUGUAUUUUUUACGGUUUGCUAAAACAUAAAGAAGAUCAUCAUCCGGUUUCGAUAUGCAAAUCAAAUAGAAGAUAUUCUUUAAAAAGUAGAAUGAAGUAUAUGUGGGUUUUGCCGAUUUAUUGUAAUACGAGUAUGUUUUUACAAUAUUUUUUGUUCUAUUUUCAAUAUAGCACUUUGAAAACGUAACAAAUAGAAAAGUUUCAUGUACGCAAAAAGUGAGGCUAUUUUGACAAAGAAAAACUUCUGUAAAAUGGUCAGCCAAGUAAAAUGAAAACAGAAUAUAUAAGUAGAAUAAUGAAAAAACCAAGAUAUAGAAUAUACUUUCAAGAAUCAAUGACUAUAUAGAUUACUUGCAAUGCUUGCAACCAACAAUACAUGUUACAAUUCAACGUCAUAAUAUGGUCGGUUGGUGGAAGCGGUCGUGGUUGCGCGCGGUCAGCCAACACAGUUCGAAUCAGUCGCCGUAAACUCACGUCCGUGAGUGCCAGGCACUACAUAUCACUCGAACAUAUCCUUCCAGGCUAGUGCGUGAUAUUUUACCGCUGGUGUUUAUUUACAUUUCACCACCAUUUGUUAGGGAAUUACUACAUUGCUAUCAACAUAAAUCUGCCAAAAACCAGAUCUUAAACAAUGUCGGAGUACUGUGAAUAUAUGUGGGAUCCUACACGUGGGCAUGUAAGUCCUGAAUUAGCACGCAGAAUCUAUGAAGAUGAAACAAGACUAGAGAUAAAAGAUAAAAAACUGGCGAUCAAGACAGUGCGAGCUGUUUUAAGAGGAAUGCCUGAAGUAGACCUGAAGCACUGUACCGAUGAAUACAUAACACGCUUCCUGUUGGCCCGGAAAUAUCGUGUGGAACAGGCUGCCGCUUUGAUAGCAGCUUAUCAGGCACAGGUGGCAGAACGUCAGGACAUUUUUGGCAACCUCACAGCCCGUGAUCCAGCUUUGCAACGUGCUUUACGAGCUGGUAUUCCAGGAGUGCUUCCAGCACGUGAUAAGAAAGGCCGAUGUGUCCUCGUGAUAUUAGCAUCCCAAUGGGAUCCAAUUGCAGUUCCGGCUUUGUCUGUUCAACGUGCUAUCUUUCUCGUACUUGAAACACUUAUUCAAGACCCUCGUAAUCAGCAAUCGGGGUUCGUAGCUGUUGUAGAUUGGAGUGGAUUUUCAUUACGUCAAGGUGGAGCUCUAGGAGCAGCAGCUGUGCGAAACCUGAUAGCUGCACUUCGUGGACGAUUUCCAGCAAGAUUCAAGGCCAUCCACUUCCUUUCGCCUCCACUUUAUGUUCAAGCAACCCUUGCGCUUGUGAAGCCCUUCCUUGAUGAAAAAACACGUCAUAAGAUUUAUCUGCAUGGCAACAAUCUGAGCACUUUGCAUGAGCAUUUACCAACCGAUAUUCUGCCCGCUGAACUCGGAGGAACCGGACCGGCCUUCAAUCCAGGCCUCUGGGCAGAACCGGUGAUUCAUUCAGCAAUGAAAGAAGCAGAACUCGCUGCGAUAAAUCGGGACAAAGAGAUUGCAAAAAACUCACCAUCAGUGGGAGUGAAAAGUGAAAGGAAAGAUGUUUUUAAUAGGGGAAAAAAUGGUCAAAACUAUGGAAUUCCAUUAAUUGAUGUCACGCGAAACACAGGAAAACUAUCUAUUGAAAAUUUAAAUAAUGUUAAUAAUCGACGGUCGAGUGCUUAUGAGGAUAAGAACAUUGCGAAUAAAAGUGAGAAAGAUGCUAUACUAAAGUCUCAACCUAAUGAUGACUUUAGAAUUAAAAUUCAAAAGGAUAAGGAAGGAAAUACUGUAAGAGUACGUGGGUCGUCUGAGUCAGAGGAUAUUGAAUGUCUUGAAUUUCCGGCUGAUGCGAAUUCCAAUGAGUUUGAAAUGAUUUCCAAUCAAUUUGAUAGCGAUGAUAGUCAAAAGAAUUCAUUAGACAAUUUGAAAGUUGAAAAAAUCGUUCUUAAAAAUGGGAAAGAAAAACUUCCGGAAGAAACUAAUCUUAUAACUUAAGUUAUACAGAAAUUAGUAAACUUAACUCGUUGAAAAUAUUUUUAAGAAUAUUUUUGGGGUACUUUUUUAUUCGUAUUUCCGUUCGCCUGUGAUGACAUAUUUAUAAAUAAAAAUCCGGUUUUAUUCUCUCUCUCUAUAGCAUCUUGGAAGGUUAAUGCAAAAGUUAAACGAUAGAACAAAAUAAGUUGCCAAUAUUGUGGAGCUACGAUUCUUAGGUGAAAUUUUUUUUAUUGAAUAUUCAGAGAAAGUGAGAGCUUUGGAUAUUGCAAAAAUUAUCUUUACAUAAAAGAUGAAUCAAGAAUUAAUUUAAGAAAAUAUAAGUUGAGUACAUGUGUUCACGUAUGGUCUGAUUAUUUGAUAUUCGCGUAAUCAGUUAUGUAAGCAACAAAAUAAUAUCCACUCUUAUGCAGGUGUUAUUAAUUAGCUUUCGCGAGUAAAGUAUUACUGUAUCUUACGUAAGAUAAAUAAAUUAAUUAUUGAAUUGAA